AUGUCGGGUUCGGGAGGAGUUUCAAUCGCACGCACAGCGAUCCGAGGAGAGAAUCGGUUCUACAAUCCACCUCCGAUGCGGCGGAUGCAGCAAGAGGCGCAAUUGCAGCAGCAGAUUAGGGAGAAGCAACGGCGGGAAGAAGAGGAGACCGUCUUGGACAAGGAGCGGAGAGCGGCUUCAAAUGCCGCCAUGCCUCCGCCUCGGUCACGGAAAGGGCACGGCGUUGUUGGUCCGACGGAAACUAAGAAUCGGGUCGUUUCCGGGUCGGAAGUAUGCGGGUCUUCUGUCUCUUCCGGGUCGGGUCGGGUGCAGAGUGAUGGGUCUAACUUGGAUCGGUUCCUGGAGCACACCACUCCCGUUGUUCCUGCCCGGUUUCUUCCUAUGAAGAGCAGAGGAGCAGAGUGCUAUACAUAUUUUAUUCUGGAAGAUCUGUGGGAGUCAUUUGCAGAAUGGAGUGCAUAUGGUGCUGGUGUUCCUCUACAAAUGCAUGGGAGCGACUCCACCGUGCAGUAUUAUGUGCCUUACUUAUCCGGCAUUCAGUUGUAUCUAGACCAGUCUAAGACGCCCAGAAAUCCAGUUGAAGAUAUUGAAGGAAGUAGUGAACGAAGCAGCAUCAGUAGGCUCGAAAAGCUACCUAAUCAUGCUAAGAAUCUGCAGAAUGAAGUGGAAAUGAGUGUCUGCGAACUGAAUAGAAUUAGUCUGAAAGAUCAAUCCCUUGCUGGUUCACUGUCAAGUGGAGAGACUGAGAUCAGGAAUCCUCAGGGACGAUUACUCUUUGAGUACUUGGAGUAUGAACCUCCGUUUGGCCGUGAACCUCUGGCUAACAAAGUUUUGGAUCUUGCGUCAAGAUUUCCUGAGCUAAUGACAUACCGAAGCUGUGAUCUUUCUCCUUCAAGUUGGGUCUCUGUGUCAUGGUAUCCAAUAUACAGAAUACCGGUUGGUGCAACACUACAAAAUCUCGAUGCUUGCUUUCUAACCUUCCACUCGCUCUCAACACCACCUCCUCAAAGUGCUAUGGGUCAUAGUGAUUCAGAUCCAUCCACAAAGCUACCAUUGCCUACUUUUGGACUAGCAUCUUAUAAGCUCAAAGUAUCUGUUUGGAACCCAAACAGAGCUGAAGAGUGUCAAAAGAUCACUUCUUUGCUACAAGCUGCAGACAAAUGGCUUAAGUGUCUGCAAGUCGAUCAUCCGGACUACAGAUUCUUCACCUCCAACAGCCCACAAAUGAGGUAA